AUGAGUUCACAUACAGUUGAUAUUGGUUCAAAAUCAGGCAAAUUUAAAUAUAUUUUAGUUCAACAAGGACAAAAAUAUAUUCUUCGUGGUGAUUCAAAUCAAAUUUUUGAAAAAUUAAAACAAGAUAUGGGAGAUAAAGCAUCAGAUGAAUUAAAAGUUUUAGGAGGAGGAAAAGUUCAAGUUGAUUUCGAAAAAAAACAAAUCAAUGUAUUCGGCGACUCUCAAUCAUAUGGUGCUGCUGAUCAUGCUAAAGCAAAAUCAUUACUUCAAGAAAAAUAUCCUGAUUUUAAUAUUUCAACUGAUAAACCAGCUGAUCCAAGCAAUAAAUAA